UUUUAUAAGGAGGGAGUACUGUAUAUGCUGAUAAUGCAUGUGUAUGGAGGGGAGUAUGGUGGUUCCUAGCUGCUGCCUUGAUCCCCGACUUCCACCUCGCGUCCAACCACCUCGAUCGGUCGGCGCCUCCGCAUCAGCGGUUGGUCGGCCAGGUGGAGGAGCUGCGGCCUGCGUAACCUCUCUCUCACCUCCUCCUCAGCCAAGAUUAAUCUCUUUUUAUCUCCCCCUUCUCUGCACGGUUAGAGCAAGCUUAAUAUUAUAACCAACUGCUAGCUCUAAAUUAUCUUUGGUCAAUCUAAUAGCUCAUUCAUAUAAUAGUUAUUUUUAAGCAUUAAUAUAUAGUCCCACAUCUCAUACACACAACGUAUUAGAAUCCGUGUUACAGUUGGCUAUAAAUCUAGCCUGAUUUCCUUCGCUCCAGCCAGCGUUUCUGCUACAGUACGUCUCUAGCUAUGUCGUCGUCUACAACCUGGCCGGUACUUGUGACGGCACCUGCACCUAUUUUCAUUGAUGCAGUGGAUCAUACGGUAGUAUUGAUUACUAUACCCAAAUACAGUACUAUUUUAAGGGGUAAUAAAAGUAUAAAACACAUGAUUGUAGGUUUUAGUGACCGUCAAAUUACAGGUGGAAAGAUUUUUACCAGUGAAAAGAAAUAGGUAAUCUCCAAAGCAGGCCCUAUAAUACAAACUGUGCGCAUCACAUGCUCAUGUUUCUUCGCGUGGUAACUAGAGCCUGCCGACAAAGCUUGAUAGAAUUAAUUAAUAAUUUUAAUCAGGAUGUGCAGAGUCACAUUAUUAAUUACUGGGUCGUCACGAGCCUCUUGUAGGAGUAGUAACAUAGGUUUUCAUGGCAGCGUCCAAUGCGUGUGCAAUAUUCUUUACCAAAGCUAAUUAGCUUAAUUUAACAAUUCUUUAUUUUGCGCGGAUCUAGAGGUCAGAAAACAAUUAACCCACUGCUGGCGGCAAGACACUCUUCUUCCUUGAAAAACAGGCGCCAUUGGCUGUGCCAUAUACACAAUCUGAAACCUGUACCACUCCCACAGCACCACCUCACUCCAGGGAGAUCAUCAGCAGAUGAGCAAAAAUGGUUGCAACAACAGCUAUUGUGGGUGCUACCACGGGGGUGAUGAAGCCCCUCCUGUCCAAGCUCACCAAGCUGCUGGGCGAAGAGUAUGCCAAGCUCAAAGGCGUGCGCAAGCAGAUCAAGUUCUUGAUAGAUGAGUUGAGCACCAUGAGUGCUGCACUCGAGAUGCUCGCGGAUUCGGACCAGCAGCUCAACCCAGAAAUGAGGGAUUGGAGGGACAAGCUACGCGAGCUGGCCUAUGACCUGGAAGAUUGCAUCGAUGAUUUUAUGUCUCGUGUUGACCAUGAUGGGGAAAAGAUGGGCUUCAGGAAAUUCUUCCGUAAGUUGAAGAAACUGAAGGCGCGCCAUGAGAUUGCCAAUGAGAUCGAAGAGCUCAAGAUCCGUGCGAUCGAGGCAAGCGAAAGGCACAAGAGGUAUAAUUUUGACCAAUUAGCACACAACUCUAGCACUUUUGGCAUUGAUCCUAGGCUGUCGGCGUUCUAUGAGGAGGUUGAUAAACUUGUGGGCAUUGAUGGUCCUAAGAAGCGUAUCAUUGAGCUGCUAGCUAUGGAGAUGAAAGGGUCUCUAAAAGUGGUCUCUAUUGUUGGUUGUGGAGGUCUUGGUAAGACUACUCUUACAAACCAAGUUUAUGACACAAUUCGAAGCCAAUUUUCUUGUGCAGCUUUUGUGUCAGUUUCACAAAGGCCUGAUAUAAAGAAGAUUCUAAACGAUAUUGCUGAAGGAGUAGGGAUCUCUUCUCGUACUCCGGUUGGUAAUGAUGAAAAGAAACUCAUUAAUAUACUCCGAGAGCAUCUCAAGAAUAAAAGAUACCUUGUUGUGAUUGAUGAUUUAUGGGAUGCAAAAGCAUGGAAAACUAUCGAGCUUGCAUUAUUAAACAGUAACUGUGGCAGCAGAGUAAUCACGACAACACGAAGCGUUGCAGUCGCAUCAUGCUGCUCUUCUCAAGAUGGUUAUAUUUAUGAGAUGAAGCCUCUUAGUUUCGAUGACUCCAAAUGGUUAUUUUUGAAAAGAGCAUUUGGUUAUGAAAAAUCACAUUAUCCUCAUCUGGAAGAUGUUCUGGAUAAGAUACUAGGAAAAUGUGGUGGCCUACCAUUGGCAAUCAUUACUAUAUCUAGCUUGUUAUCAUAUCAGCAUGCUAUUGAUGAAUGGCAUAGGGUACUUAAUGAUAUUGGUUAUGGACUUGCAAGGGAUCCUUAUGCAGAGACAAUGUCAAAUAUAUUAUCGCUGAGUUUCUUCAAUCUCCCUCACCAUCUAAAAACUUGCUUCAUGUACCUAAGUGUAUUUCCAGAAGAUUAUAAUAUUGACAAACGACGUUUGGUUAGUAAAUGGAUUGCUGAAGGAUUCAUUCAGGAUGAACAAGGGCGAAGUGCAUAUAGAACUGGUGAGUUGUAUUUUAAUGAGCUCAUCAAUAGAAGCCUGAUUGAACCUGUUGAUGUAAAGUAUGGUCAGGCAAAGGCAUGUCGAGUUCAUGACAUCAUUCUUGACUACAUCAAAUGCAAGGCUACUGAAGAGAACUUUGUCACCUCAUUAGGAUCUACAGUGCCUGGAUGCACUACAGAGUAUAAGGUUCGGAGGCUGUCAGUCAUCAACAGCAAUGAAGAAGAUGUCAACAUACCGACAAGCCUAGAUCUGUCUCAAGUACGAUCACUUACUAUAUUUGGAAAUCGCAUGCAAACUUCUGUAUUUGAUUUCAAGUUUCUUCGUGUGUUGGACCUAGUAUAUAGGGACAGAAUGGGUGACCUUUUUGCAAAUAUUGAAAAAUUGUUUCAUCUGAAGUACAUGUGUAUCUCCUCAUAUGGAGUGGAUUAUCUCCCAGAAAAAAUUGGAGAACUGAAAUAUUUAGAAACGCUGGACAUAAGACAAACCAAUGUGGAGAUAUUGCCAUCAACUAUCACAAACCUUCAACGACUAGCUCGUCUAUUUAUCAAUCAGGACACGAGAUUUUCAGAUGAAACGACUAUUGGACAAUUGAAGAGCCUGGAAGAGCUAAAAGAAUUUGUAGUGUCUCAGUCUGAACAAGUGACGGCCCUCCAGGAAGUCAGUAAGCUAACCAAGCUAAGGACAUUAAAAUUAACACUGCAGUCACCAUUGUCACUUGAUGAUUACCAUAGUUGUGUGGGAACAUUAUUGCAAUCUUUAUGCAACCUUUAUGAUUUGUGCAUCAUGGACCAAUCUUAUGAAAAUUAUUGUCUUACGUUGGAUUCAUGGCACAUUGCUUCUCCUUGUAGCCUUCGUAAGCUUGUAAUCAAACUAGUACUCACCAAGGUGCCAAAUUGGAUGGGUGUGCUUGGAAAUAUUGGAGUACUAGUUCUAGGUAUCCUGUGUAUAGCACCAGAUGAUAUUGAGAUACUUGGAGCAAUACCCAGCUUGCUUUUUCUCGAGCUACAAACUUACGGAGGCACCAAUGGAAGGAUCAUCAUCCAUGGAAACAACAGAUUCAUAAGUUUGAAAUAUUUCUCCUUGGUUAUUCAUGCUUGUGGGACUGCAUUGGAGUUUGAAGCAGGAUCAAUGCCAAAGGUUGAGCACCUCAAGCUUCAGUUUCAUCUGCAUGAAUUGGAAUGCCUGAAUGGUUCUUCUGACUCAGGCAUCCAACACCUCUCUGCUCUCGGCAAGGUUGAGGUCAAAAUUAUAUGCAAACCCUCUUAUGUCAUUGAAUUGAAUGGUUUGAACUAUGAUCUGAUGGAACAAAAGAGUGAUUGCAUCGUCAGAUGUGUAGCAAGAACCAUUAAAACUGCUGUUGAGACACUCCCCAACCAUCCCACUAUCAGUUUCAAAACAUAUCAUGUCGAGGAAUGUGAACAUUUUGAAACAGUAAGUUCUCCCUCAGAAUUGCAGGCAUUAAUAUUGUUCACUGUAUCGCAUAUGCUUGACCAUCCAAAUAAACAAUUUCGAUGUUAUUCUGAUGCACACUUUUAUGUGCCUUGCUUUUUUUGACUUCUGUUCUAGCGUAUCAACAAGAAAGUAAAGGCAUGUUCUGACUGAGUGACCCCAAAAUCAGAAAAUUGAAGAGAAGCAGACAGCGCAAGCACAGCGGGACCGUCAUCUAGGAAUCUUAUGUAUGGCACCAGAAGAUAUUGAGAUCCUUGGAGCAAUACCCAGCUUGGUUUUUCUCAAACUAGAAACUCUCGGAGGCACCAAUGGAAGGAUCAUCAUCCAUGGAAACAACAGAUUCAUAAGUUUGAAAUAUUUCUCCUUGGCUAUCGGUGCCUGUGGGACUGCACUGGAGUUUGAAGAAGGAUCAAUGCCAAAGGUUGAGCACCUCAAGCUUGAUUUUCGUCUGCACGAAUUGGAAUGCCUGAAUGGUGCUUCUGACUUAGGCAUCCAACACCUCUCUGCUCUAUGCAAGGUUGAGGUCGAAAUUAAUUGCAAUUGCUUCAAGCACACGUCCAAUUUCUUCGAUGACUUUGAAUUGAAAUGUUUGAACUAUGAUCUGAUGGAAGAAACGAGUGAUUGCAUCGUCAGAUGUGUUGCAAUAACCAUUAAAUCUGCCGUUGAUACACUCCCCAACCAUCCAACUAUCAGUUUCCAAAUAAACAUUUCGAAUUGAAAAUGAAGACAUGGACAGUGACGGAGUGACCCAAAAAUCAGUAAAUUGAAGAGAAGCAGACAGCACAAGCACAGCAGGACAGUAUACUCAUCUUCAUUUCCUCUACGGUAUCGCCAACAAGAUGAAACAAAUUAAUGAAGAUGAGCACCGGCGCUGCCUGGGAUUAGUUCUUACCCAGUGAUCCAGGCGAAGCCGACAGCAAGGUCUAAAUAACUACUGGAUGUUUCUACAGCUGGGAGUCAUAGCUCUGCUGAUGUUGUUGCUGGAUAUAUAUGUUGCAGUAAUGUAGUUUCGUUCUUCUUUCUUUGGACGAAUCUGGUGUGCUUGCUGAAAUAAUUUAGUGCUGAGGCGCAUGCUGUUGUUUCACUGAUUCUGGACCCAACAGAGAUUGUAGUAAUUAAGAUUAUUCAAACAAAUAUUCUUCCGUUAAAAGUUCUAUGAGCUUGUUUCU